AUGGAUGGAGAUCUGAGCCUUUCUCAGUCCCUCGGCGGGCUACGCAUCGCCAAUCCGGACAAUGCCUCUACAAAUACCUCAGAGGGCCCCUCGAGCUCCUCCCUGAAAUUGUCUUCCAUGGGCCAAGAUGCUCCUGGAGCUCUAGCUUCCCCUGAACAGUCCCAGCAUGGCAAUCGAUUAGUAGAGACUGGUCCAAGCCCCGCGCAGCAAGCAUCAGCCUCGAAUGCAAAUCUCCACGAUUACUCGAGAAACUCGCCGUCGCAGCUCCCGUCCAACGUACAACUCAACAUGUCUCAUCAUCCCAGCCGUCAAUCGGUCUGUCUUCCGCCCAACCACCAACCCUCUCCGCGUGGUGAACCCUACCGCCUUCGAACGGAUUCAUCCGUGUCUGCUACAGAAUACCCGUCCAGGAUCGACUCUCGUGGUGGUUCUGCAGCUCUCCAGGCCGGCGUCCUUCCUCGAGACGAAGGACACACCGAUAGAUCCUAUGCACCAACAAAGGUCUUCCGUGGCGGUGCUCCCUUACCGCCUAGACAGAGUUCCCGCAGAGCUCCGAGCACAUCUAUACCUGCUGUCUCAGCCUCUUAUGGCAACGAAAAUGCUCCCCUUCAUAGCUCGGAGGAAUGGCAGGAGCGUGGAGCUGCAGUGGGCGUGCAGCAGGAGAUCGAUGCAAAUGGAAAGCCAGUUGCGAGAUAUGUGAAAAAGGGAGUCAGAGAUUUUGUGUUCGGCCGCACCCUCGGUGAGGGCUCUUACAGUCAGGUUGUUGCCGCCACGGACCGCCAGACCCUCAAGGAAUAUGCCAUCAAGAUCCUUGAUAAACGACACAUAAUAAAGGAGAAGAAGGUCAAAUACGUAAACAUCGAGAAGGAUACACUGAAUCGCCUGACCGAUCACCCUGGAGUUGUCCGGCUAUACUACACCUUUCAGGAUGAGCGAUCGUUAUACUUCGUGCUCGAUCUUGCAGGGAGUGGCGAACUCCUUGGCGUUCUUAAACGGAUGGGCACCUUUGAUGAAGAAUGCACAAGGUUCUAUGGAGCUCAGAUUUUGGAUACCAUUGGAUACAUGCACCGGCGUGGAGUUAUCCACAGAGAUCUUAAGCCAGAAAAUGUUCUUUUGACACCAGAUGCACGUAAGAUUACCGACUUUGGGACAGCGAAGAUCCUCAGCAUGCCUUCCCCCAAAGAAGGAGGCUAA